AUGGGUUCACAGAAACACUGUUUUUUCACAUUUUUGCUUUAUGCACCUUCUUCCUUUUCCUUCAGAUUGUAUCUCUCUGUUUUGGUGGUGUUUGUUUUGAGAACCUGUGCAAACAAAGUAGAUGAUGAAGAUUAUGAAGAUACAGUGUUAAAUAAAACAUGGGUCCUGGCACCAAGAGUCCAUGAAAGUGAUGUCACCAAUAUUCUGAAUGACUUAUUGAAAGGAUAUGACAACAAACUUCGACCAGAUAUUGGAGUGAGGCCAACUAUGAUUGAAAGUGAUGUCUACGUGAACAGCAUUGGACCAGUUGAUGCGAUCAAUAUGGAAUAUACCAUUGACAUAUUUUUUGCACAGUCUUGGUAUGAUAGCAGACUGAAAUUUAAUGGUACAAUGAAGGUUCUCCUGCUAAAUAGUAACAUGGUUGGCAAAAUCUGGAUUCCGGACACAUUUUUCCGAAACUCAAGGAAAUCGGAUGCUCACUGGAUAACAACUCCCAAUCGAUUGCUACGUAUUGGGAACGAUGGAAGAAUACUGUAUACGCUAAGAUUAACCAUCAAUGCUGAAUGCUAUCUUCAGCUUCAUGACUUUCCUAUGGAUCAUCAUUCCUGUCCUCUGGAAUUCUCAAGCUAUGGGUACCCAAAAAAUGAAAUUGUGUAUCGCUGGAAGAAAGAUCCAGUUGAAAUUGCUCAUCAAAAGCAUUGGCGACUUUAUCAGUUUGCAUUUGAUGGAUUCAGAAACACAACUGAUGUAAUGCAUACCCAGUCUGGAGAUUAUGUCAUAAUGACAAUAUUCUUUGAUCUAAGUAGAAGAAUGGGGUACUUCACAAUUCAGACCUACAUACCUUGCUCACUUACAGUUGUCUUGUCAUGGGUCUCGUUCUGGAUCAAUAAAGAUGCUGUACCAGCGAGAACAUCAUUAGGUAUUACAACAGUUCUAACUAUGACGACACUCAGUACAAUUUCACGGAAAUCGCUGCCAAAAGUAUCCUACAUCACUGCCAUGGAUCUCUUUGUAUCUGUUUGUUUCCUUUUUGUCUUCGCUGCUCUCAUGGAAUAUGGGACCCUGCAUUAUUUUGUCAGCAACAGAAACAACAGCAAAAAAAAGAAGCAGAAAUCCAAACCAUCUAAAUCACCUGUUAUUAAAGUCCGUCCAGGAUCAACAUUAAUUCAGGUGAACAACAUUGCACACCUACAAGAACGGGAUGAUUAUGGUUACGAGUGUUUGGAUGGCAAAGAUUGUAAGAGCUUCUUCUGCUGUUUCGAGGAGUGUCGUACAGGUGCAUGGAGGCAGGGUCAAAUACAUAUCCGUAUCACCAAAAUUGAUUCCUACUCUAGAAUAUUCUUCCCUACAGCAUUCGGUCUGUUCAAUCUGGUUUAUUGGAUCGCAUACCUUUACCUAUAAAAAGUACAAUUCAGUGACAUAAGAGGAGGAUGAAUAAAUCUGCAGUGGUAGAAUUUUAGCCUAUACAACAUUUGAUUGUGUUGAAAUCAUCUUUGAAUCAGUUGACUUACUGCCAAAUGUGCAGCUUAUCAUGAAUUCUUGUGCCAUAUACACGAGUCAUGCACAUUUUCAAAUAAUGAUAUUUUUCAAGAUGUAAAUUUGAUAAAAUACAUACAUUUAUAUUCACUUUAACACUUGCGAUUUUGUCAUACAAUGGACAGCUGAUGGGAUAUGUGACCCACAUUGCAUCUUGGACAGUAUAUAACAAGUUAUCUAGGAUAAAUCUGGACAAACCCAAUCGUUCAUUGCAAGAAGAACAAUUUAGUUCUAAAACCUAAAUAGAAUUAAAGCUAAUCUAAAUUGGAAUGUGAAAUGCCACAUGCUUAACUAUGAGCUCCAAACAGGCCCAUUUUCUGCUCAAUACUUUAAUUUACAAGACAUGAUGGUAUUUUGACCAAAACUAUAAAUACAAUAAAUCUUUAGCACAUUUUCAAACUGAAGUUUUUACAGUAGUCUAUAGUAACACUCAGCACUUCACUAAGUGAUGUGAUUUCUAAGAAGGUAUUUAUUUAAGCUAUGUAAAAUUCACCAUAAAACCUAUCAAUAAAUGUGUUUCUGACAUUUUCAUGAGUUGCUGAUCAUGUUUGCAUUUCAUAAAGACUAAGUGCACUUAACAUCAAUGUGAUCUUGGUCAGCAAGUUGUGAUAUGACAAAAAGGCAUCAGCCAUCUUGGGUGCCAUUAUUACUGAGAAAGAUGCAGAUCCUCUAAGCCCCAAAUUGAUUCUUUCCCAGGGAGUCAGUUGCCUGAAGUUUAUUCAGGUGACUUCACACUUGAAUUGCAUUGCACAACUUUUAUCAAUAAAAAAAGCAGCUUUAGCUUUGCAUCAGUACAAACUGUGCAUUCUAACUGCCUAAUAAAUAUAUCAGGUUUUAUAUCAUAAUUUAAGUGUCUUCAGUCUAGCGCCCUGGCAAGUCUUUAUAUUCAAAUUGUCCAGGAGUUACUGCUGUACAUGUUUGGCAGCCAUCCUAGGUUCUAAACCUGUAGGUAUGCUUUAUGGUGAGUAAUACAAAGCCUUAACUGCAAAUGAAAAUAAGAAUUUAGCAUUCAUUUUGAAACUAACGAUAAAGAAAUCUAUCAAGAGAAAAUUGUACAGCUUCUCCAAAUACUAAUAUAAUCUCAAGGGAAAAAUAAUAUCCAAAAAUACAUUGUAAGAUGGAUAUUGCAUUUUUUAAUGAAUACAAACCCCAGCAUUAUGUUCAUUACUGAUAUGUAUAUAAUAGAAAGUGGGCAACAAUAAAUGCAGUUUUAUUGGUGUAUUCAAUACACAGAUUAAUAUGGAUGUAAGCAAAUCUUUUGUACUAUUCAACAAAAUGCCCACAUUAAAUAAUAUUACUUUUAUAUAAUCCCAUUUAGUAUUUAGAAGCAGUACCCAAAUCCAAUAAACUGAAAUUCUGGCAUUUCUUAAUAAUUCGAUAAUAUAGACAUUUCAGUGUAUCUGCUGAGUUUUGACAUAUGGACAUGAUAUAGCAACUGUCAUUUGAAUUUUAUACAACAAAUAUUAUAUUUUACUAUUCAAUUUUUGUCAGAAUACCUUCAGUUAAUUUCAGCUUUUAUUUUCCUUGCCUGAACAUCUAUGACAUCAGAGAUUAGUUUAAAAUAAGUAUUAUUCAAGAGAGCAGUUAAAGGAAAUGGCAUCAGAUUAGAAGGAAGAAUGGUGCCAGCACAAUUUUGAUUCACAGUGUUCUAAACAUACCUAGUGCUAAACUUACUGUAAAAUAGAAUACUUCAUAAUGUAUGCUGUACGUCAAUUUAUCCAAUAUUAUAAACACUAUAUUAAAACAUCCAGAAUAAAAAGCUUAAAACAGAAUCGUACAACUGGAAAGACAGAUUUAUCCCUCCUCUAGCUUUGUCGCUACCACCUGCUUACUUCAACUAUGCUUUCACCUUAUGCUGUUCUUUCAGCAUAAUUACUGUUUAAGAAGUUCUCUCUGCUCUAACUGACAUGUAGAAAUUAACAUGUUUUUAAAAAGUACCAAUUAAUGUUGUGGCAGAGAAUAUUUGACUCCACUGUGCUAUUUUGAACCGGCAUGUGUCAUCUCACCCAGAACAUGUUGAUUGCUUUCGGCUUGUUGCCAGCUGCCCAAUGCAUUUGGAGUCUAGAUACCUAACACAUGCACCAUUUGCAAAGAGGGAGCUUCGGCAGGAAGGUGUUGAUUGCAUUUUCGAUUUGUUCAGGAUGUCACGUGCCUAUUUGAGUUUUGGGUUGUAUGACGUAUCAGUUAGUGAGUGCUGCUUUUUGAUGAUCCAUGGCAAGUUACAUGGAGGACAAGCCAUUGAUAGGUUUGUUUUGAAUUGUAGAGCUCUGAACGUUUUUCUUCAAUCCCGUGGGACUCAAUUACUUUAUUUAACUCUUUUGCUCAAAUAAUUGAUAUUAUUUGAACUGCAGGGGCAAAUACUUGGAGAUCACCUUAGCAGCAGUAAAAUUUUAAUCUUCAUCAGCAUGGGCCCAAGUCACUUAAAAGAAAAUCCAGAAAAAUGUUUGGGAUUAAAGGGGGCAGGGGAGAGGAGUGGGACUUUCCCAGGCAGGAGGUGGUGGGUUUGCCUGCGUGUGAGGAAUUACAUCCUUAAAAGUUACAUCAGCUUGAGAUUCCCCUACUUUCAGUACUGAAGUGUGAUUGAAGGAGGGUGGGUAACCUGUCUAAGAAAUUAAGUUGCUUAAGAAGCUAGUGAAUUUUUUUUUAGCCCUUAAUCCUGGAAAUUUCAGUCAGGGCACCAGUAUCCAGUGACUCACAAUUGUCACUAAAGAGAGUGCAAUAGCAGGAAGAGUAUCUUCAAUGAAACUGAGAAACAUGGAAGGCUGUGUCUGAUCAGCUCCACUGAAGAGCUGUAAUCAUGGCCUGGUGAGAAAUUAUGAUCACUGCUGGACAGGUGACUGUUAGCUUGUUGGAAAUCACCCUUCACUUGUCUCACAGUUUAGUCAGCCUUCCCUGCAGCUUCCUCAGCUCCACCUUACAACUUUGACAAGAAGGACAAGGACAAGAGCAGCACCUCCAUGGGAGGUGAGGUACCUCAGGAGGGAGGAGUGGCAGCAGUUGCAACGUAUGUUGGUCUUGGGGAGUUUUUUGCUGGAGAAUGCUGGGGAAGUCAGAGUACAGGCCUUUGUAGCUGAAAGUGUUAUGGCACUCCCUUGUCCUAAUACCCUGAGUUUCUGGACCAUCAAGAUGAACUGUCUCCAGGUUGGAGGGACCAUACUCUGGCUGCUUACUUUCUAAUGCAUUCCUGUUUGUGCUGUUUGGAAGAGUAGUUCACUUCCUCCCAUCUUCAGAAAAACUCACCUCACUACAGUCAUAGAGUCAUACAGAUGUACAGCACAAAAACAGAACCUUUGGUCCAACUU